AUGGCCUUCACCGUGUCACUGGAAGGGCAGGUCACAUAUUCUCUGGCAGCGUUUGCCGUGAGCUCCUUCAACAACCACUCACUGCUGUCGACCGUCUAUGUCGUCCAGGGCGUCGUAAAUGCCGUCAUCAAACCUCCCAUGGCCAAGCUUGCGGACGUGUUCGGCCGCUUAGAAGCAUUCUGUAUCUCCGUCCUCCUGUGCGUCCUGGGUUAUAUCCAGAUGGCAGCUUCGCAAAACGUCCAAACAUACGCCUCCGCCCAAAUCUUCUACUCGGCCGGGUCGACAGGCCUCCAGAUCCUGCAACAGGUUUUCAUCGCCGACACCAGCGACUUCCUCAACCGUGCCCUCUUCUCUAGUCUCCCAGACAGCCCCUUUCUCGUGACGGUAUGGAUUGGUCCUGCCAUCGCCGCUUUCAUCUUGGCCAAUUCGACCUGGCGAUUGGGUUACGCCAUCUGGGCCGUGAUCCUCCCCAUCGCGUUCCUUCCGCUUGCCUUAAGCCUGCUUCUCAACGGCCGGAAAGCUGAGCGGAUGGGACUCCUUACCAAAAAGCGGCGCUGGGAUCCCACCGGCGACGGCGAAUCCCCACGAGUAGCAGCAAAACGGCUCUUCCACGAUCUUGACGUCGGCGGCACCCUCCUCCUCUCUGGUGGCCUCUCCCUAAUUCUCAUCCCCCUCACCCUUGUCUCGCGCUCGCCGUCCGGAUGGCACGACCCCAAACUCCUGUUCAUGAUCUUUAUAGGAAUCGUCCUACUGAUUCUCUUCCCGUUCUGGGAGUCUCGCGCACCGCACCCUCUGCUCCCCCUCCAGCUCCUCAAAUCCCGCACCUUCUGCGCCGGCUGCGCCCUCGGCUUCUUCUAUUUCGCCGUCUUCUACAUCGCCGUUCAGCCCUACUUCUAUUCGUACCUCCUUGUCGCCCUCAACCUGCCCGUUUCACGCGCGGGGCCCAUCACACAGACCUUCUCCUUCGCUUCAACCAUCUCCGCCCUCCUCGCCUCGCUCAUUAUCCGCCGCCUAUCCACCCCACGGCCUCGGCCCUUCAUUCUCACCGGCGCGGCACUUUACACGGUUGCCAUCACCGUCCUCCUGCACACCCGCACCCGCGACGCGUCGACCGUCUCCCUUUUCGCCGCCCAAACUAUGCUUGGCGCCGGCGCCGGCCUGAUGCACGUCGCCACUCAACUGAUCGUGCAGGCUGCCGCUGCGAGCACGGAUGUCCAUGGGCAAGGGCACGCGCAGCAGUAUGUCGGCGUCGCCACCGCGUCCUUCUUGACCCUGGUCCAAGUCGGCGGUGCGGUUGGGUCUGCCGUGUCGGGCGCCGUGUGGGGUCGUCUAGUCCCCGGCAAGCUGAGGACCUACCUGCCCGAGAACGUGCGCGGUGAAGCCGACAAGAUCUAUGCGAGUGUCGUGGUCGCCUGCAGUUACGCCUGGGGCAGCCCCGAGCGGGAGGCCAUCGGCCGGUCGUACCAAGAGACUAUCACCGUCCUGUUGUGGGUUGCGCUGGUGGCGUGCGGGCCGGUGCUGGGGAUGGCCCUGUUGGUGGAGGAUUAUCGGCUCGACGGGGUGGGGAAGCGAGUUUUUGCGGAGGAUGAGGGGGACGAGGAAACGGAGGAAGAAGAGGGGGAACAAGAAGGGGGAGGACAGGUGAUAGUGAUGGGGGAGACGGAUGCUGCGAGCAUGUGGUGGUCCAAGUGGUGGAUUAGAAGGGCGAGAGAGAGCCUGUGUUUCAAGAUGAUACCCUGA